CACGCCACGCCCGGGGCGCACCCACCGCCCUGAUUAAAGUGAUCUCGCACACCGGGCUACACGGCAACGAGGAAGCCGAUAAAGGGGCGGCUGCCGUCGCCACCCAGGAAAAACCCGCCGAUUUAUCCGAACCGGCCGACAACGACCCGCACGCCCGGCACUGGUGGCCGACCUUCACGGUCACCAGGGACGACGAUAGCACAGCCACGCACUACGUGUCGGACCUAAACCGGGGCCUCACCAGGGCAAUGGCCCCCAGCUGCCGUGGUGGAUACGCCAACAAAACCCUGUACACGGAGAAAUGGGCCGAGGCAGCACCCAGCCUUGACCCACGCGCCAGUAACGCGUACAUGACGAACUCGGACGCCAGCCACGGCCUACGCCGGUUCAUACAGAAUGCUCGUCAGGGAGGCCUCAUCUGCCCGGCCCGGCUGGCUUUGUUUAAACUACGAGACAGCGACAAAUGUGGUCUCUGUGCCCACACCCAGCGCAGCCGCGGAUCUGACCCAGAGCGUGGCACCGCAGGUCACCUUGCCGGCCACUGCGCGCACCCCCAACUCGUUGGCGCUAGGAUAGCCAAACACAACACUGCAGUGCGGACGAUUGCCGAAUGCCUACACCAUGGUCACAACGGUGGUGGCUACAUGAUAAUGGAUGCCACCUCCCGAGCUGAACUGCCUGAGUACUGUGCGGGCAUGCGGCCGCCGUCAUGGCUCUGCCCGCAAGUGCCCGCUGCAGACCUCAACAGGAUGCGGCCUGACAUUCUGUUUAUCCCGAACCUUCCCCGGUCCGAAGCAGAACGCUUCAUGACAUCCCCACCAGCCAACAAAGGGGCCUACCCAGUGUACAUCCUUGAAGUUGGAUACACCUCUGACCUGCACCACAGCGAGAAGCUCAUUCAAAAACAAGCACAGCAUGCCACCCUUGCCACUGCCAUGCGAGCUGCAGGGUGGACUGUGCACUACGAUACCAAGCACGUUAUUACACUGGGACACGGUGGCACUGUCCCCCGUACCCUUGAAACUCUCCUCAAAGACCUAGGAGCCAAACCGCAGGCAGCCAAGGCCUGCUGCACACGUCUCCACAUGCAUGGCGUCACCACACUCCGGGGCACCGCAAACCUGUACUACCGGCUAGAGCGAGAGAUGGGCAUUGCCAACACCCGAUGCCGCCCGGGAGGCCGCACCCAGGGGACCGCCAAUGGCGGCCCCCGCGCAGGGGAGCCGGGGUAGGGAAAUCAAGUUUUCCAAUGGUGGGGUGAGCUUGUCUCACUCCUCCUUAAGACACGCGGGCACCUGUGCCCUGCGUAGAUAUUAUUAUUAUUAUUAGGGCGGUAGUUCUUAAGCAGCAGGGGGUCUCCGGGUUUGGGGAGCAGGACAGUCUCGCUGGCAGUCCACGAGGCAGGUGUGUGGGCCCUGACCCACAUUAGGAUAAGUAGGUUGUGGAGUGCCGUGCGCAGGGGUGUCGGUAAGGCGCGUAGUAGCUCGUUUGGAAUGCCGUCGGGUCCCGGGGAUUUGUUUCUGCUUAGGUGGUCUAUGCAUGUGUCAAAAUUGGCGCUGUCGGAGAUGCUUGGUAGCAGUGCGUGGCUAGUCGGGCUGCAUGUACUGUGCAGUUUGAAAGUGUCGGGUGCGGUUCUGUUGCUGGGGUCAAAAGGGUACCUGGUGUUCGGAUGUCUGUCUUCGGGUUUAUAGUUGCCGGUGCGCGGCCCAGUGAUGGUGGCCCCUUGGUCCUGGAAAUACGUAUGGAUGGCCUCCAAGAUGGAAGCUUUGUCCGUACAGUGUGCUUUGGUGUGGGGGUGUAGGACGGCGGGGAUACCCCGGGCCUGUUCUUGAUUGGAGAAGAUAUCUUUGUGUGCUUGUUUAGCUCUCGUGGCUAGUUUGUGUUGGAAGCGGGCUCUGGAUUUUUGUACCUCUGAUUGUGUUAACUUUUUGAGGGUUUGGCGUAGUGUGCUUCCAACAUGCUUGAUUUUGUUGAUGAGGUCGGAUACGGUUUGGUUGGGCGGUGGCGGUCGGGGGCCUCGGGUGGGGGUUGGGGUUGUGGGUUCACCCUCUGUCGGAGGACAGGGGUUGGGUUGUGGCGGCGUUGGCGCUCCCGUGGCGGCAUUUCCGGGUGUGUGUAGGGUGUCGUUGUCUGCGAUGGCCGCUCGGAGUUGCCGUAGUUCCUCGUGUGCCCGACGUAUCUUCUUGCUAAUCCGCCGGGGGGCGAAGGCGCCGGUCCGCGGCGGUUUCUUGGGGCACAUAUCCACGAGGAUGUUCAAGCCGUCUUUGAGUAUGUCGUGGAGUUGUCCUGCCAGUGCGUCGAGGUUCGGGGCUUGGACGGUGGGGUCUCUUCUUAGUUGGGUGUCAAGCUCGGUGGCGUUGGUGGCUCCGGUAGUGUAGCGAUCGAGGUGGUCUCGGAUAGCGGUGGAGGCCGGUUGGAGAGCAGCAGCGAGGUUGGCUAUGGGUGAGGCAAGUGUGUGUUCAAUUUUUGUUCUUACAGCCUCCAGGGUGGAGGUGGAGAUAGGGAGCACCACUUGUGGCCAGGGCCCCGUUGGGGGUUGUGUGGUAUUGCCCGUGCGGUUGCCCGUGGGUGCAGUCCAUAGGCGCAUGGGAAAGGUGGGAAGGUGGAUGUGGACUGAGGAGUGGUCGAAUAGCCCGCCGCUGGGUUGGACUUUGAGUGUUGGCGUAUUUCCGCCUGGCUCCGUUGCGGCCGCUGCUAGGGCGUUCGACGUGUGCUGGCAGAUGAGGAUAUCAUCGAUGCGGCUGAUGGCCUUAGGGUGACCGUCACGUGUUUGGUAGUACGUCAUACUGGUGGUGCCGUUCGGCUCAGUGAUGCGUUGCAGCCGGUGGGAUGAGACAAACCGUGCAUGGUGUCUGUCAGCGUCAUCGAGGGGCCCUGUCCGGUCUGCUGCGGUCAGUACGGCAUUGAAGUCGCCACCGAUUAGGACGUGCUUGCCUGCGGCGGCCGCUAAUUUUAAUGUGGAGGUGCAGUAGGUGUAUAUGCGGCGGCGUGUGGGCAUGUCUUCGGGGCAGUAUACGCCUAGUAUAUGCAGGGGGAUGCUGUGUGGUGUGCGGAUAGUGCAGUGGGCUAGGUGGCCCAGGAGGUUGGGUGGGGUUGGGGGUAUGUGGAGGUGUCCGCCUGAGUGGUACCGUGCAGAGACCGCCAUCAGUACGCCGGCUGAUCGCCGUUUGUAGUGCUCGGUCCCUGGUUUGGUCGAGGUGAUGGUGCGGUAGGCCAGGUUUUCGUGUCGGAG